AUGUUUAUAAUAAAAUGCAUUGUAUUCGUAUUUAUAUUUUGUAAUGGCUUGCUGAGUGUCCUUGGUAAGGAGGAAAAAACGAUGAUUCGAACGGAUAAAAAUAAAUUUUUCCAGAGCAUAAGAAAUAAGAUAAUAAAUUUUAUAGCAAAUAAAAAAGGAUUUGAUAGGAAUGGAUGGAUGAAUAUGUCUAUAGUACAACCUAAAUUGAAUAGUAUAAAUGUAAGAAUAGAAAAUGAUCAUAUAAUAUGUAAUGAAGAGAAUCAAGUAUUAGAAGUAUCUUUAGUAAGACAAAAUUUAUUAAGAUAUACAGAUGAAGGUACUUAUCAUGAAAUAUUAUUAAGUACAAGCAAUUUAUCACCAACAUCUCAAUUUAUAAAUCCAUUACCCUUAAUGAAAAAAAAUCAUACUAUGAAUAAUAUAACUAAUCACACAGGUGAUAAGCUACCAGAUGGUUUCGAAGGUUAUUUGAUAUGUGAAAAAAAAAAUUCACAAGCAUUAUUAGUACCUAAGAUUAUAGAAAAUGUAGAAUUUAUAUCAGCUCCUUGGAAAGUUAGAGUUAGUAUAGAUUUUUAUAGAUGCCCUAUAACAAAUUUUGGUAGAGUAUUUCAAAUUAUUAUUAUAGAUCAUGUAAAUGUACUAAUGAAUAAUCAAAGAUCUUUUGUAUGGCCCAUUCCAUUAGCAUCCUUUUCAGAAGUUUAUGAUUUCCAUCUAGCUGUUGUUGAUACUAAAAAAGGACAUUUCUGUGAAUUAGAAAGAAAUAUAGAAACACAAGAUCUAAAUUUAAAUUGUCCAUGUUGGAAUAAAUCUUAUAAAUUUAGUAUAACCAAUGCAUUAUUUCUUUCUGGUUAUAUAGGUAUGAAUGUUAUACAAGCUAUAGCUCAACCAUUUUUAGAAGAUUCUAAUAAUUCAAGAAAACAUCCUGCGAAUUCAAAUCUUGAUGAUAUAGAUUCACAUAAAAAAAGAAUCACAUACAAUGAUCUCAUAGAUAAUACUAUUAAAAAUAAUAAUGAUAAUAAUAUCAAUAAUCAAAAUCAAAAUUAUGAUGAUGGAAAAAAAAAAUAUCUAAAAAAAUUAAAUAGUAUAACACAUUUAAUAUAUUUAAGUAUAACAGCCUUAACAAAUACAGCUUAUAGUAUGAUGGCAUUAAUGCAAAUCAAAAAAAAUCUAGAUCUCUUUAAUAAAGCUUAUGAAAAGGCUCCAUAUUUCUAUCCAUGGUCACUCAAAUAUCCUGAAAAUUAUUUAUCUACACAUAAACCAGAAUUAUUAAAUCAUUCCAAUAAAAAUAAUAUCAAUCAUAUUCUUACAUCUGGGAAAUCCUCCAACAAUUUUCCAUCACAAACAUAUUCAAAUUCAGCAUCGCAAUAUACAAAUAAACAAACGACGCAGAAGGACAAAAAAAAAGACACUUCAUCAAACAAAUCGAAUAAACAGUCCAACAGAAAACCAACAAUAGUAAAACAAGUGCAAAAUUUUAUUACGGAAAAUUAA